AUGAAGACGUUCGUGCUGUUGAGCUGUUGUUUGGUUCUGGCUUCCGCCCGACCGGAAGCAGGAUACGCAUACAAUCGACCAUCAACUGGCGGCUCGCACGGUGGCGGCUACGCAUCCGGCGGUGGCGGCUCAUUCACGUCCGGCGGCGGCGGCGGCGGUGGCGGUGGCGGUUACAGCGGUGGCUACACGUCCGGGGCUGGGGCCAGCUUCGGUGGUAGCGCCGGAGGAUUCGGAGGAUCGUCCUUCAGCUCGAGCGGUUCCAGCAGCAGCUUCGGUGGUGCCGUAGGAGGUUUCAGCGGUGGUAACAGCUUCGGUGGUGGCGGCAGCAGCUUCGGCGGCGGUUCGUUCGGAGGCGGCUCCCAGCAGGCCAUCAUCCAGAAGCACAUCUACGUGCACGUGCCGCCACCAGAGCCGGAGGAGGUGCGCGUCCAGCGCCCGCUCCAGUUGGCUGCCCCCCAGAAGCACUACAAGAUCAUCUUCAUCAAGGCACCGUCGGCACCGUCCUACCAGACGCCGCAGAUCCCGCUUCAGCCGCAGAACGAAGAGAAGACCCUCGUGUACGUGUUGGUGAAGAAACCGGACGACCAGCAGGACAUUGUCAUCCCGACUGCCGCCCCGACCCAACCGAGCAAGCCGGAGGUGUACUUCAUCAAGUACAAGACGCAGAAGGAAUCGUCGGUUGGUGCUUCGUCGGGAGGUUUCGCGAGCGCUGCUGGUUUCGGUGCCGACCUUAGCGGUUCGUUGGCUGGAGGUGAUUUGGGAGGCCAUGGUUCCCUCGUCGGUGGCGAUCUUGGAGGGCAUGGAUCGGGUGCGACGGCCCCAGCUGCUCAGUAUGGCCCACCUGGAAAGUCUGGCCCGUAUUAA